CGAAGCAUUUGACAGCUAAGCCCAUUUCCACUCCGUCUCUCUCUCUCUCUCUCUCUCUCUCUCUAUAAGCAAACGCAAACGAACUAUAUUCACCUGCCACUACUCUCUUCUUUCCAAAACCACCAUCACCAGCAAUGGCCGUGACGGACCUCUUCGCUGGAGAGAUCGCCACGGAGCUUAUGAAGAUGCUGUUAACGAUAUCACGCAAGUCCUGCCUCUGCAGGUCGAGCGCCGAGCAGCUCAUUUCCUCAAUCGGGGAGCUCCUCCCCAUCAUCGAAGAGAUCAAGUACUCCGGCGUCGAGCUACCGGCGCAUCGUCAGUUCCAGCUCGACCGCUUCUCCGAGGCCCUCCGGGACGGCCUUGAGCUCAGCCACAAGGUCCUCGCCUCGCCCCGCUGGAACGUAUACAAGAACCUGCAGCUGGCGAGGAAGAUGGAGCGGCUUGACAAGACCGUUUCGAGGUUCUUGGCGGGUCUGGUCCCUGUUCAUGUGCUGGCCGACGUUCACAACAUGCGGUUCGAAUCCGCCGAGCGGUUCGACCGGCUCGAGCGAAAGCUUGGGGCUAUGGCUAUCGGAGGAGGAGGAUGGGUGGAGGAGGCGGUGAAGAGGGUGGAGGAGGAGGAGAGGUGGAGAGAGAGUAGUUUGGUGAGCUUCGGGGUGGCGUUGGACUUGGGGAAGAAGAAGGUGAAGGAAACUGUGGUUGAGAGAGAUGACUUGGGGGUCGUUGGGAUUUGUGGGAUUGGUGGUUCUGGGAAGACCACCUUGGCUAGAGAGCUUUGCAGAGAUGAUCAAGUUCGAAGUUACUUCAAUAAUAGGAUUUUGUUCCUGACGGUGUCUCAGUCUCCGAAUGUGGAGCAGUUGAGAGCCAAGAUUUGGGGAUACAUAAUGGGAAACGAAUAUUUGGGUGCCAAUUAUCUGAUUCCACAGUAUAACCUGCAAUAUCAAGGGAAAAUUGGAGCACGAACCCUGGUGGUAUUAGAUGAUGUGUGGUCGCUCUCAGUGCUUGAAAGGCUUAUAUUUCCGGGCUGCAAAAUCCUCGUGGUUUCAAGAUUCAAAUUCCCUUCAGUUAUCAAGGCUACUUAUGAAGUAGAAUUGUUGACGGAGGACGAAUCACUGUCUCUGUUCUGCCACUCUGCUUUUGGACAGAAGUCCAUUCCUCCUCCUGCUAAUGAGAAUCUAGUCAAGCAGGUUGUGAGUGAGUGCAAAGGGCUUCCUUUAGCCCUUAAAGUGAUUGGAGCUUCACUGCGGGAUCAAUCUGAAAUGUUUUGGGCAAGUGCAAAGAACAGAUUGUCUCGGGGUGAGCCCGUUUCAGAGCCCCAUGAAAACCAAUUGCUUGAACGGAUGGCAAUAAGUGUCGGGUUUUUGUCCAACAGGGUCAGAGAAUGCUUCUUGGAUUUGGGUUCCUUCCCCGAAGACAGGAAGAUUCCUCUUGAUAUCCUUAUCAGCAUCUGGGUACAGAUGCAUGAUAUUGAUGAGGAAGAAGCAUUUGCCAUUCUGGUUGAACUUUCAGAGAAGAAUCUCCUCACCCUGGUGAAGGAUGAGAGAGCUGGAGACAUGUAUAGCAGUUGCUUGUUCUCUGUUACUCAACACGAUGUGUUGAGAGACCUUGCUCUUCAUUCGAGCAACCAGGGACACAUAAAUGAGCGCAGGCGGCUGCUUAUGCCAAGAAGAGAGGCAGAACUUCCAAAAGAGUGGGAGAGGAAUUCUGAUCAGCCAUUUAAUUGCCAGAUUGUUUCAAUUCAUACAGGUGAAAUGAGAGAAAAGGACUGGUUCCACAUGGAUUUCCCCAAGGCAGAAGUGCUCAUCCUGAAUUUCUCCUCAAAGGAGUACUUUUUACCUCCCUUCAUUGAGAACAUGCCGAAGCUGAGGGCAUUAAUAGUUAUCAAUCACAGUACAGCCAAUGCAGCCCUUCAGAACUUUUCAGUUUUUACUAAUUUGGCCAACUUGAGGAGCCUCUGGCUUGAAAAGGUUACCAUUCCUCAAUUUUCUGAAAAUUCCGUCCCCCUAAAAAAUUUGCGGAAAAUGUCCAUUGUCCUAUGCAAGUUUAACAGCUGCCUUGGUCAGUCAGAUAUCGAAUUGCCCGAGCUCUUCCCUUGCCUCUCAGAGCUCACAAUUGAUCACUGUGAUGAUUUGGUUGAGCUUCCUUCUAGCAUUUGUGGGAUGCACUCACUCAAGACUUUGAGUGUCACCAAUUGCCAUGGUCUAUCAGAGUUGCCUGCUGACUUGGGUAAACUGGAAAACCUACUGAUCCUGAGGUUAUAUGCUUGCCCGAAUUUAAAGACGCUUCCUCGUGGCAUAUACAAGUUAGAUCGGUUGAAGUACCUCGACAUUUCUCAAUGUGUUAAUGUGGCAUGUCUUCCUGAAGGGAUUGGCAAAUUAGAAAGUCUGGAGAAGAUUGAUAUGAGUGAGUGUUCGCAAAUUAUGAAUCUUCCAAAGUCUGCUGCUUCAUUGCAAUCGCUGCGUCAUGUGGUUUGCGACGAAGACGUUUCUUGGCUGUGGAGAGAUGUGGAGAAGGCUAUUCCAGAUCUUCAUAUUCAGGUUGUUGAGAAAUCUUUUAAUUUGGACUGGCUAAAUGAGUGACAUAAUAGACUUGUCACCAUUAUUUGAUGUACCAUAAAUAAAAGUAGAAAGAAAAAUGAAGCGAAGCUUUUAGUGGCA